GUAAGGCGCCAUGAUGGGAAGGUCGCUUCAGUCUGGUGGCGCUGCUGCCCUGCGUCUCCCCGCUGAGGCGUGCGCACCGCUUCCGGCUGCUUGUCGCCUCCUCAGCAUCCGCUUCCGGUCGGGUCUCUGGCGCGAUCUUGUAUUGUGUGUCUCUGGAUCCCGCUCUUCUUUGCCUGGUCGUCACCCGCAGAGUUAAGGAACGGAGAGAAGCCCGUCUUGCCCCGUGGUCCUGCAUCUGCAGUAUGGAAUGUACAUCUGGCCCUGUGCUGUGGUCCUGGCCCAGUACCUAUGGUUUCACAGAAGAUCUCUGCCUGGCAAGGCUGUCUUAGAGAUUGGAGCUGGAGUAAGCCUUCCAGGAAUCUUGGCUGCAAAAUGUGGUGCAGAAGUAACACUGUCUGACAGUUCAGAACUUCCUCACUGCCUGGAGAUCUCUAAGCAAAGCUGUCAAUUGAAUAACCUGCCUCAGGUACCGGUCAUAGGAGUGACAUGGGGCCACAUCUCUCCGGAUCUUCUAGCCUUACCACCACAGGACCUUAUUCUUGCAUCUGAUGUAUUUUUUGAGCCAGAAGAUUUUGAGGACAUCUUAACUACAGUGUACUUUUUAAUGCAGAAGAACCCCAAGGUUCAAUUAUGGUCAACAUACCAGGUUAGAAGUGCUGACUGGUCACUUGAAGCUUUGCUCUACAAAUGGGAUAUGAAAUGUGUCCAUAUUCCUCUGGAGUCUUUUGAUGCAGACAAAGAAGAGAUAGCUGACUCUGCCCUCCCAGGAAGACAUACUGUUGAAAUGCUGGUCAUCUCCUUUGCAAGGGACAGUGUAUUAUAGUACUGAUUAGCCUGGCCACUUCAGCUUCUCAAGCAAAUAACAGCAAGUAUCAGCCAGAUCUGCUGGCCUUAGAUUGUCACUUGUUACCUAGACUACACCCAUAAUCAGGAAACAAAUAAAAUACUCAUGAAGCUUAGGUUUGGAUUGCUUUUUCUUAUGGUGUUGGUUGGGGUGGGUAUUGAACCCUGGGACAGAAUAUAUGCUAAGCAAGUUCAGCACUGAGCUCCAUCUCCACUGCUUAUCUUUAGCCAUGUGUAAAUUUGAGGAAGUCAAAGGUUUUCACUCAGUACAGGAACUGCUAAAGCAUCUUAUUAACCUUUGUACCGUAUGUAUGCAAGGGCAGUGGCAUCAACAUUAUAGGUCUGUGAAACAAGUGGGGGAGGAGGGAAGAUCAAGACAUUCUGAGAAAAGCUAACACCAAGAAAACAUUUUAAUUAAACUACAGAAACAAUGGUCAUAGUACAGAAUAUUCAUAAGCAAAACGAUACACCAUGUCAAGUACGUACAAAGUUACAAACCAUUUGCUUCCUUAACAUUUUCCAUAUUUUAAGUUUACACACAAGGAUGACCAGAUUUACCAUUUUUUGGGGGGGAAGGGGAAAAAUGUAUUUAUCAUCAGCUAGAUGUGCUCACUGUAUGCUCCGUUAUUUAUAUGCAAGGCCCGGGUGACUGGAAGUGCAGUUGUCAGGCAUUUUAAUAAACUGGACAGCCCCAUUUGUUUCUGCACGACAAGGCAUCUUUACACAGGAGCAAUCAGGAGAAAACAGGAAACAGCCAAGCACUCUGCACUGCAACACGCCACCUUAACAGCUAACCAGCAUUACUCAACUGCUACACAACUGCGCCUAGUGCACAAAAAUACAUAAGAGAAGAGAUUAGAAUUGUGUUUGGUAAACAAUCCUUUAAAAAAAAAUCUUCACCUGAAAAGUUUUUAUGCCAAUUUGGGUUCAGAUUACCAUUUAGAUCUGAAGGUAAAUAACACAUAUCAACAAAUUUACACCAACUUUUGUAGGUUUUUAAUUUUAAGGAAUGAAGGCAAUGUUGAGUCAAUCUGUUGCCAGCUUUAGGCUGUGUGUAAUGGCUGCACAGUUUCCUUUUAUAAGUCAGGAGGCCACAAAUUAGGUUACCAAUCUGUUUAAUUUCAAACAAAAAAAGUCAGCACUAUAUAUGAACAAAAUGAAAUUUUACCUCAAAUAUCCAAUCCAAUAAUGAAAUCUGAAGUCGUUCACCUCACUAAAUUACAAGAAAUUUGAAUAACAGCAACAAAAUGGCACAUAAAAUGAAUUUGCCACCUGAGGCAAAGAUAAAACAAGUAAAAAGUUAGACAAAUGUUACAAAAUAACCUUUUCAAUAGCCAGUUGCUUGUUCCAAGGACUCUUCCGUGGACCGAUGGACUGAGUGUGGUCCUUUUCCCCCAAGUCCUGUUAUGCUGCUUGCCGAUCCAUCUAGGUUUGAAAAGAAAAAGGUUUAGUUUACCCUCUACUACUACAAAGAUACCAAAGUAUGUGUGGUUUCAGUUUCAGGCAUGUACUUACUAAGGCUCUGGUGAAACAAGUAGGUACACUAAGGCUCCACCCAGCCAUUAUCAAAUUUUUUGAAGGCCCAACUAGGACAAUUUCAAAGGCUAAAUAACCAGCACUUGCAAGUUUGAAUUGAGUUCUUGGCCAAAUAACCAAGGUGAAAAAAGGGAGGGAGAAAA